CUUCUUUCUUUUCUCUUAUUUUCUUCCCUUUCCUUUCAUUCUAUAUUAUGUAUUAUAUUACUCUUCUUAUAUUAUUGUGUAUUUCUUCCAUAAACUGUUUGAACUUUAUCAUUCCUUUACCUAAUACUCUAAUCAUUGCAGGCACAAGUUCUUUUGUGACAUGGGGUGGUUUGGGCAAUGCUACAGCUACCAACUUGUAUCUCGCUAAUGGACCCACAACAGAUCAACUGACUAUUAUCAAUAUUUUUGGUCAGAAUCUACCUAGUUCAACAACUUCCAUGUGGAUCACCAUACCAAAGGAUGCUCCAAACGACAACACCUAUUUAGUAUUAGAAGGCAAUGAUACACCUCCAUCAAGAGCCACUGUUCCUCUCACUAUUUCCUUUGGCGCAACAACUACUCCAUCAGCAGUUCCUACUGGUCCUUCAUCAUCAUCAUCAUCAUCGAUACCCUCAUCCUCUGUCAAAGCAACCUCUUCAUCGAUUGUUCCAUCCUCUUCUUCUUCUUCAGUCAAAUCGUCUUCCUUCUUUUCUUCCCAUACAUCAUCAUCGAAUGAUCCAUCUUCUACUCCUUCAUCAAGCCCUUCAUCCUCCGACAGUGAAGUCUUGUCAUCAGGUCAAACAGCCGGUAUCAUUGUAGGUGCUAUAGGCGCUGCUGGAUUGACUCUUGCAGUGAUCUUUUUUAUUCGACGAAAACGACGACAUGGAACACAAAAGAGGAACACGGAAUUAUUCAAUGAAAAGGGAAAUGAUAUGUUAGGACGACAAUAUGGAUAUGAUGAUCAACACUAUAGAACGUUACCAUUUGAAUCAGCCCAACUACCAGAUCAAUCGUCUUAUGCAAGAACUCCAGUCACAGAUCCAUUCAAUCCACCAGUGUACUAUCCCAUGAAAUCUUUGGAUACAAGCAACAAAGAACAUAUAUCAUCAAAUACUCAAUUACCUUCAUUUGCCCCAUCAACAGAAUCAAUACAUAAACCUGAUGAAGCAACCUUCGCCGAUCGUCCUGACAAACCUCAUACCAAAUAAUUGUUUUAGACAUCAAUGUAGUUUUAUUCCAUUACUGUAUCAUCUUUCAAUAAAGUUGUAUUCUCUAUUUUAUUACUGUA